UUCUAGAGGGCCUUUGAGUGACACACCAUGUGCUGAGAAAUAUCCCACGCUGCUUUGACUUGGCUGAAGUGGUGGUGUUUGAGCUCUUUAGGGUCGAUAAUACACGUUUUGUUCUAUUACUGUUUCGUUGUUAGUUGUGAAAACAGUCCGGAUAAAAAUGAAAUUCAUUAUUGGAAUCGGCGGCGUAACCAAUGGUGGAAAAACCACACUGACCAAUAGGUUAGUCAAAGCCUUACCUAACUGUUGUGUGGUACAUCAAGAUGAUUUUUUCAAGCCACCGGAUCAGAUAGAAGUCGGCGAGGACGGCUUUAAACAGUGGGAUGUGAUAACAGCACUGGAUAUGGAAGCUAUGGUGAACACCGUCAAAGGAUGGAUGGAGAACCCAGUCAAGUUUGCACGCUCUCACGGCAUCCAGCUGACCCCAGUGACAGAAAUGGGACCUUCAGAGGAAGAAAACCACAUCCUCAUCGUGGAGGGAUUUCUCCUGUACAAUUACAAGCCUCUGAUGGAAGUGUUUGACAAGUGUUACUGCAUCACCAUCCCUUAUGAAGAGUGCAAGAUGAGGAGAAGUACAAGACAGUACAUCGUCCCUGACCCUCCAGGCCUGUUUGAUGGUCACGUGUGGCCCAUGUACCUGAAACACAGAGCAGAGAUGGAGGAAAGCCUCUUGCCAAUUGAACACCUGGAUGGCUUGAAAUCUAAAGAUGAGCUCUACCAGCAGGUGUAUGAAGACCUCCACAAUACACUUUUAAAUCAGGUUUUAUAGCAGCAGCAGCAUCAUCCUUGCCAGGAGUGUCCAUGUAUACAAUUGUAAAUAGCCUCCAUGAAGAAGUUGUCUUUUUUUUUUUUUUCCUUGAUCUUUUCUUUCUCUCUCACACCUUGCUUUAAACCAAAUGUAAUUGUAAAUAUGAUAAUAGAAUAUUAACUUAUCACUUUUUUGAGGAACGUUUUUUUCUGUUAUGGUAAACCUUGAUGUUAUUAUUUCCAUUUGAGGAUGCUGUUCUGUGCAAAAUCCAUGCUGAUCCCAUGCAGAUCAUUCAGUAAUGGUCUUCCAAAUAAAUUUCAAGUUGUCACCCACCCAUUA